AGAACCACCUCGAUCCAGCCAUGCUGUCCUCCAAGUCUGGUUUAGCUGUUGCUCUAAUCCUUGUGGUCACCCUGACAGAUGUGCUACCGCUGGUAUCUUCUUCACGUGGCCUCGUUGCGGUACCCACUGAUGGGGCACUGGAGGACUCUCUGCUGAUGAUGGAGAGGUUCCAUGGCUGGAUGGCAAAGCAUGGCAAGUCGUAUGCGGGAGUCGAGGAGAAACUGCGGCGGUUUGACAUAUUCCGCAGGAACGUAGAGUUCAUCGAGGCGGCGAACCGAGAUGGCAGGCUCUCGUACACCCUCGGGGUGAACCAGUUCGCCGACCUAACCCACGAGGAGUUCCUUGCCACGCACACCAGCGGCCGUGUGGUGCCGUCAGAGGAGAUGGUGAUUACAACUCGCGCUGGCGUUGUUGUCGAGGGUGCCAAUUCUCAGCCGGCGCCAAAUGCUGUGCCUGGUAGCAUCAAUUGGGUGAAUCAAAGCAAAGUCACCCCAGUCAAAAAUCAAGGAAAAGUAUGCGGGGCUUGCUGGGCUUUUUCCGCCGUGGCCACGAUCGAAAGCGCCUACGCAAUCGCCAAGCGAGGCGAGCCGCCGGUUCUGUCCGAGCAGGAGCUCAUCGACUGUGACACAUUCGACAGAGGCUGCACGAGCGGCGAGAUGUACAAUGCCUACUACUGGGUCUUGAGGAACGGCGGCAUCGCCAACAGCACAACGUACCCCUACAAAGAGACUGACGGCAAGUGCGAGAGAGGGAAACUGCAGGAACACGCGGCCACGAUCAGGGACUACAAAUUCGUCAAACCCAACUGCGAGGAGCAGCUCAUGGCAGCCGUGGCGGGGCGACCCGUCGCCGUCGGGUUCGACUCCAACGACGAAUGCUUCAAGUUCUACCAAGCUGGUUUGUACGACGGCAUGUGCAUCAAGCACGGGGAAUACUUUGGCCCGUGCUCGUCCAACGACCGCAUCCACUCCUUGGCCCUUGUCGGGUACGCCGGCAAGGGGGUCGACAGGGUCAAGUACUGGAUCGCCAAGAACUCCUGGGGCGAGAAGUGGGGAAAGGAGGGCUACGUCUGGCUGAAGAAGGAUGUUGAUGAGCCGGAAGGCCUCUGCGGCCUUGCAAUUGAGCCGGUAUAUCCUAUAGUCUGAUCUGAUCUGAUGAGAUCGACUGCACUGGGCGUGCCUGAAACCUACGGAAAUGGCAUUCACCUAUAUUUUGGGUUGCUCUGUAUGCAUGGAUGCGCCUACUAUAUUUUACUACACAUAUAUUCAUCUCCCGCCAAUAAAACUAUAUGUCCUUGUAUCCAUUUAUGCACGUUUAUGCAUAUCUUAAA